GGUGUGCCGUCUUUGGCAUGUGUGCCAUAGGUUGCCUACCCCUGUUCUAGUCCUUGAACAAUCACGGUCUCUAAAGGCACUCCCUCUUCACUGUCAGGGGCGGACACUAACAGAGGAGAGGAUAUUUCCUCCCCCUUUGCUGUGCUCACCUCAUCCUUUACAUCACUAGUCACCUCCUCUAUGAUGAACCCCUCCGGUGGUGCCACCCUGAGACUUACUUUCUAUCUGCAGACGGCCGGUAUCUCCUGCACCGCCAACUUCCUCUCCUGACUCUCCCUGCGGCUCCUCAGACCAAUCUCCAGCUCCGCUCCUAAAGCCAGGGGCAUGAAGUUGGAGCCGGGGAUCAGCAGCGACCCGCAGCUGCAGUUCGUGGUGGCGACAGAGAAGGAGUUUGAGGAGAUCCUGGCCAUGUCGAAGGGCAUCUAUGGGGGCCUGGAUUAUCUCCCCAGCCGCUACCACGCCUGGAUCCGCGAGCCCAACCGCACCGUGGUGCUGGCCAAGAAGAACGGAGAAGUGAUCGGGCUGCAGUCGGUCUGCGUGGUGGACGCUGGAGAGACGGUGCUGGUUGAGGGGCUGCGCGUGGCACCCUGGGAGCGGGGGAAAGGCGUGGCCGGCGUCCUGCAGCGGUUCUGCACUGAGCUGGUCAAGGAGCAGCACCCCGGCGUCAAGGUGGUGCGGCUGACGCGGGACGACAAGCUGGGCCCCAAGGACUUCAAGAAAUACCGGCUGAUCACCAAGCAGGGCAUCCUGCUGGUGCGGUUCAACGCGGCGGAGCUGCUGGCCCGGCUGGACGCGGCUGUGGCCCAGCUGUGGGCGGGCGGCUUCCAGCCGCUGCCCACGGAGGCGCUGGAGCCAGGCGAGGUGCGGGGCCUGGUGCUGAGUCCCGCCUUCCAGAGCGAGGUCCUGCCCGGCCGCACCCUCAUCCAGGACUGGCAGCCCUACAAGCCCAGCGAGUCCAACCUGGCCCUGCUGCAGCAGAAGCAGCUGCACUGGGUGGUGGAUUGCAAGGCCCGGCCCACGGCCGCCUCCCUCUGCACCCAGCCCUUCCCCAUCCCGCUGGGCGAGGACUGGGUCUACCUCAACAUCGACGCCUUCGGCCGCCACCCCGCCCACCUCAAGAGCCAGCUGCUGCACCACCUGCGGGCCCGCCUGCCCGCCCUGCGGGGCAACGUCAUGUGCCAGCUCUUCCUGGAGCCCAGCCUCUGGGGGGAGCUGGCCGAGUUCUGCCGGGCCGGCCUGCGGCUGGAGCUGGCCAAGGGCUACACCGAGCAGUACCUGCUGGAGGCAGAUAUCUAGGGAGCUGGGGGGGGGACAGGGGAUACUCCCCCCCCACACUUCCUGGCCCCACAGAAGCACUUUCUGAGCCUUGUUUCCCAUCCUCCACCAACCCAUUCCUGGCCCCCUAGAGGAACUCCCCUAGGAGACAUGACCCUCCCUCCCCACCCGCUUGGCAAGCCCUAGCGACGGUCGAUGGAGCUGAGCAACGGUCGGCAUGGUGAUGGAACCUAGUGAUGGUUGGUCCCACGACAGAGCCCAGUGAUGGUUGAUGGAGCCUAGCAACAGCUGACACGGUGACGGGGCCCAGUGAUGGUUGAUGGAACCUAGCAACAGUUGACAUGGCAACAGAGCCCAGAGAUGGUUGAUGGAGCCUAGCAACAGCUGACACGGUGACGGGGCCCAGUGAUGGUUGAUGGAACCUAGCAACAGUUGACAUGGCAACAGAGCCCAGAGAUGGUUGAUGGAGCCUACC